AUGAUAUCAAUAUAUUUCUUGAUUUGGAUGUUGAAAGCAGUAUAUUCAGAAUAAUUAAUACGAUUGAAUUCUGAAUUGCCUUAUUGGAUAGAGGAAUUUUCAAUAUUAGAUUUCAUUAUUGAUGAUGGUGUUAUAUAAAGAUGGACUUCAUGGUUUCAAUACCUUCCAUUGAGUUCAAUAGUAUAUUCUGAUUAACUUGGGGUAUUGGAUAGUAAUUGCUAUCAUUUAUUCAGUUCGGUUGAAAAGGAAUCGAACUAGUUAAAUUUAUUACAUUAUGAUUGUUAAGAUUUAACAUCAAGAACUAUCACAAAAGUAAUAUAAUUUAUAGGAAAUGACGAUUUGCAAUAUAGUUACGAAAUCGAUAUAAGCAUUUUUGAGUAUGAAAAUUACUGGUAUUAUUUUGAUUUUAUUUUCUUCCCUUACACCAAUUAAUUUUAAAUAAUAAUAAUUAAGAAUGAAGAAGUCAUUAUGGAUGAAUUUUUACAAAUAGUUCCAUUUUCAAAUGUUAUUUUGAUUCAAAAAAUAGGAGGAAGUUUUAUAGUUGAAAAUUCAAGAUUAAUAAACAUUGAAAAAGGAAGAAAGUUUGCUUCCUUCCCAGGUAGGAUCCUUCCAGUCUCUUGUAAUAAUAAAUUAAAAGAUUUUGCUGCUUAUGCAAUUUAGUUUAUUAGUCGAAGUAAAUUAUGUAGGUGUUAAGAAAAUCCUUAAAAUAAUUUAGACGAUUACGAUUUUCUUGAGCUGAACACUCAAAUUUAUAUAUCAAAAUAUAAUAAUUGUAAUUCAUUUCUAUUUUCAGGAUGGUUUAAAAUAAAAGAUAUAAUAUAGAGUGAUGUGACAAUGACAUAUUAAUUUAUUAAGUUGUCAUCAAAUUAUUAAAAUGGUUAGCUUUAAAAUUAGAAUUUAUCUCCGUUUUAAUUAUUUUACAAGUUCGAAGAAAACUCGAAAAAAUUGAUAAUAACAACCUACAGUUAUUAAUUUCCAUCUGUAAAUUUAGAUUUUACGAACAACCCUUUCUUAAUUACAAGAGAGGUCGACAUUAAUCAUAAUAUUUAAUUGUGGCAUCUAAUAUAUGUGAAAUUAGAAGAGGAUGACUUUUAAGUUAAUAUCAAAUUUUUUGAUAUGAGAAAAAUAUACGAAUACAAUAUGCAAAUGAACAUAAAGUAAUUUCAUCAAAUAUAUUAUAAACUCAUAUUGGGAAAUAACUAAUAAUCAAAUUUCAACUUUUUAAAUAUAAUGGGGAGAAACUUGUAUUUGAUUGCCAUUAUAGUUGUGGUGAAUGUGAUGGUCCAACGGAGAAGGAUUGUUUAACUUGCUCCGAAGGUUCAUUAAGAGUUUAUUUUCAAGAUUAUAAAUAAUGUAUUUGUCCCUAUUUCACAAUUGAUGAUAUUGAUUGCAAGAACUAUACGAAUUUUCACUUGUAGCCAAUCUCUAUUAAGGAAGAAAAUAUAGAAUGCAAAUAUGGGUAAUUUGAAUUAGAUGGGUAAUGUUAUGACUGUUCAAAAUCAAGAUGCCGUAACAUGUUUAGAAUGUGUAUUAAAUCCAAAAGGAUGGAGUAAGAAUCCUGAGUGUAAAUCAAGUUUGUAGUUUCAGCAGGAUGGAAGCACUUCGGCAUUUGUGGAAGAAGAAAAUGAUGGAUGGACCUAGUACUUCAAUUUUAAUGGAAUAAAUCUUGAAUUCUGUGUAGGUUGUGUCAACUCUAGCAUUAUAGAUUUAAACAAUAUUAAUUAUGAUAAUAAUGCUAAAUUUCAACCAUUUAUGUAAUUUUGCUGGUCUACAUUAUUUCAAAAUGAUUGUUACUUUUGCUAGACAUCUAAUUGUUCUCUUUGUGCAUUGUCUAUAACAGGAUAAAUAUGUAUAGUUUGUGAUUGGUAUAGUGAACGAAUAAAUGGGUAAUGUAUUGCUUUGGAAAUGGGAAUUUUAGAUGAAAAGAAUUGUAGAACACCUUAUUACAUUACUUCAAAUUAUGAUUGUGUAUUGUGUUCUAUAACUAAUUGUGUGUAUUGUUUUGAAUAUGUCUUUGAUGAUUUAACAAAAAGUACACUCUACCAGAACUUCUAAAAAUUUAAUGGAGAAGAUAAUCUAAAAGUAGGAUGUGCAUUGUGUGAGGAUGGAUAUAUUUUUGAUUUUCAAUUAGGCGAGUGCCUAAAAAAGAGUUCUAAAAUAGAUACAUGUUUAAGAAGCUAUAUUAAUUAGGAAGGUACAGAAAUCUGCACAUUAUCCUCGAAAUAAGAUUUUUCUGUAGCAAAAGAAAUUAUUAAUUGUGAACAAUUAAUCUCCAAUUGUCUGUAAUGUUUCAUUACUGUAUAAUCAAUUUUGAGAUGUAUAAUUUGUAAAGUGGGUUAUACUAGUACUACUACUGAAAUGAACGGAAGAUGUUCCCCUAAUAAAAGAUUCAAUGCAAAAAUAAGUAUAGAAGGAGAUUUUUAUAUAUAUGAUGCAUGGAUGCAAAGAAUACAAAGCUUUAUGGGAUCUUUUUUACCAAAUUAAUAUUUUUAUCCUAAAUCAAAUUCAUAUUUUGUUGAUGAAGUAGCUAUCUCUUGCCUAGAGGGUUCUGAAAUGUAUCAAAAUAAAACUUGUCUUACAGCUUGUCAACCAGAUUGUAUAGAAUGUAAAUUGAGAACAGAUACUCCAAAGUAUUAUUGCAAGAAAUGUCCCAUAGAUUAAUAUAAAAGACCAUAGAGAGUGCAAAGGGAUGGAUAGUGCUUAAAUUGCCCUCCAUUAUGUCUAUAUUGUUAGGAAAGGACAGCUGAAGAAAUAUCUCUAAUUUAGCCCAAUUUUAUAGUUAAUGAGAAUAAUCAAUUGUAUACUAAAUAAUGUAUUCAGCCAAUUUUUGAUCCAAAUGUUAAACUUUCAACAAAAUAAUAUAUUCCAAUUUAUUGUUUGGAUGAAUAAUGUAGCAGUAAUUUGGUAUAUGAUUACAAGGGUCCUUGUUAUUUGUAUGAUAAUUCAAUGACUGAUUUAUUAAUUAAUCAAAACAUCAAUUACCUAAAUGUAAUUGGAGCCUAAAGUAUAAUUAUUCAACUUUAAUUUACUCCACCCAAUGCUUAAUGUAAUCAAGUUAUUCGUAUCAAUUCUAACUAACUCAAAGAACAGAUAUUUUCUUUAAGAACAACUAAUUUAACUAUUUUGGGGAAUGGAAUCCGAUAUCAACCAAAAGAUGAAGAGGUUAAAAUCAACAAUUUUGAAAUAAUAAAUAUUUUUAGUAUUGACAUCUAACUGUCGAAUCUAACUUUUAAUCUGUUGGGUGAUCAGAAAUUGAAAUUUACUAUGAAAAAUGUUAAGAUUCUGGGAAUUAAUUAAAAUCAAGUUAAUAAAUUAUUUAAUUCACAGUAAUUUGAAAGUAUUGAUUUAGUAAAUAUUACAAUCAUGAAUAUUGUCCUCAACGAAUCAUCAUUUUUCAAAAUUGAAUUUUAGCUAUUAGAAGCAUAAGUGCAAAUUAAUUAGUUAACAAUUAUUAAUAGUACAUUUAUUAAUACAGAUCUAUUUUUAAUUACAAACAGCUAGAUUUCAAUUAAGGUAGACAGUUUAUUGAUUGAAAACUGCACAUUAAUAAAUUCAACUAUUUUAAAAAUGAAAUAGAAUCAAAUAGUAGCAAAACUGACAACAAUAUCACACAUUCGAAUUAGAAAUUGUCAAUUAUCUUAUUCCUCUAUCAUAAAUUAUGAUGACCUGACUUAAUUGUAAAUUUUUAACCUAUAAAUUCUAUAAAACACUUGGUAGAAUUCUAACUUUAUGAUUUUUUUUUACAAUUUAUCUUUAACAGAUGCAAAUUUUGAGGAUAAUAUUUUAAAUAAUUCUAUAUUAAUAAAUGCAAUUGAUACUAAUGCAACAAGUGAUGUCACAUUUUUCUUAGAAUAACUUUCAGUUAUCAAUUUAAAACUAAUGAAUUCAAACUUAAUUUAUUUGUCUUCAUCUUCAUAGGUUAAAAUGAUAAUAUAAUUUAGUAAUUUUAUACUUUAGAAAGUUGAAGGAAUAGAUACUUUUAAUAAUGUUUAAAAUUUAUUUAAAUUUAUCCAUUGCUUCAGCUGCUCAAUAAAAUACAUUUAGAUUCUAAAUACAAAGAAUAUUCCAAUAUUUUAUUUUUUUGAAAGCAAUGAAAUCAUUAUAGAAAGCCUUAUUUUUUAAUAAAAUACUCAAAAAAAUUAAAUUCAUUACUGUUAAUAGUCAGACGAAUUUAAUAAUUAACUUCUUUUUGUUUAAGGAUUUUCAUUUAUUAAAUUAAAUUAGCUUAAAAUCAUAAAUUAUGAAAAUUUUAAUUAAGCAUUUAUUGAAAUACUUUCAUCCCCUUAAUAAUUAGAAAAUGUGUCUUAAAAUAUCGAAAUAACUAAUAGUCUAUUUUAAAAUAAUAUUAUUAAAAAGGUUCUAUAAAAAAGUAUUAUAUCUAUAAUAAGUAUAUAUUCAAAAAAACAAUAAUUUGUUAAUUUUGAAGACUUAAAUUUUUAACAAAACUUCUUCCAUCAAUAUUUGGAUGAUCCAACUGAAAACUUUGCUGGUUUAAUAUAUAUAGAUUCAACACAAGGUUAGAUUAAUAUUAGUAAUUUAUAUUGCAAAGAAAAUGCAAUAACAAAUUCAUCUACAUCUUUUCUUGUUUUAAUUUCACAAUCAAUCUUCUUUAAUAAUGCCACUGUUAGUUAUCAUAAUGUCAUCAGCUAAGAAUUAUGGAACAAAUUUUAUCAAUUCGAUCUGGGUUAAUAGUAUGACUAAGAUCAGAUUAACUAAAUUAUUCAAUAACUUUAUCCAACCUACGUUUAAGGAGGAGUUGCCAAAAUAAAUUGUGAGUAAUUUGUCAGCCAAAAUUCAAAAUAUCUACAUAUUUUAGCCUUGACUAGUGCUGUCUUUGAUAUUAAAACUUUAGGAUAAGGAUAGUUAUAAUUUAUCAACAACACAAUCUAAUCAAUAUCUUCUAUUUAUAGAUAUGGAACAGAUAAUUUUGGUUGUAUAAAUAUUAAUUCCUUAAAUAGUUAUUUAAAUUUAGAAGUCUCCAAUACAAAUUUUCUAAAUGUAUAAAAUGGAUUGAGUACUGUGUUAUUUACUAUCAGUCCAUCACAAAGAAAAGCCAGCAUAUUAUUGAAGGAUAUACAAAUGAUAAACUGUUUGUCAUUCUUAAAUUAAUUAAUUAAAGUCUAAUUUCCAUAGUACAAAGAAUAAAGUUUAUUUAAGAUAUCAAUAUUAAAUAUAAAACUAAUUUUUGAAGAAUCAGCUUGGAUUAGAUAUUUUUCAUAAUUUGGAGCAUCUACUGAAAUUACUUAAAUGAAUUAAGAUAAUGGAAUUUUUAAUAUUGUUGGAGGAUAAAUUACUGUUGAAUAAUUUGUUCUUAAAGGCAUAAUAUUAUCCCAUAUCUUUAAAAUAGAAAAUUCAAUCCAAUUGUUAAUAAAGAAUAUGUAAAUAAUCGAUGUUUUCUCUUUUUAUCAAUUACCAUUAAUAUUUGUUGAUUAAUAAGUAAAUUCAAUUAUUAUACUUGAAUAACUCAUCAUUUAACGAUUUUCAAUAUAUUAAUUUCGUUCUGGAGAAGAGGAAUUCUUUUAUAUUACACCCUAAUAUGUGGUUGUUGAAUGCUAACUUCAAUAUCUAUCUUAAUAAGAUGAGUAACAUUAGUAAAAUCUAAUAAGUUAAAAUAUUUAAUAAUUACAAGAAGAAUCAAAUAAUAUAGGCUAUCCAUUACUCUACUUUAUUAGUUCAAACAAUAAAGCGAGAUUUAUUGUAAAUUCUGUAUAAUUAAUAUAAAAUAAAUGUUUAAGUUGCUCAAAGGGAGGUUUAUUUUUUGAUCUCACUUAAUUUAACUAUGUUAAAAUUAAAGAGUUUUUGUGUAUUUAUAAUUAAAUCAAAGAAAAUGGUUGUUUAAAUUUUAAACUUAACUCCUCUUAAAAUAAUUAGAACAAGGUUAUGAUAUAUAAUUCUAAUUUUAUCUAAAAUAAUGCUAGUCAAGGAGGUGCCAUAAACGCUGAAAAUAUAGCACUCUUUAUAAGAAAUUGCAAAAUAGUCGGAAAUAGAGUAACAUAAGCAGGUGGAGGCAUAUAUGCUGAUAUCGACAAAAAAGAUUUUGAAAUUAAUAAAUCGAUUGUAAUCUUAAAUAAAGCUAAGGUAGGAGGGGGUAUUUACUUUGCAAAAUAGUAUAAUCUUAAUGAUGAAAACUUUUUCUAAUCCGUUUUGCUUUUUAACUAUGCUGAUGUUUAUGGAAAUAAUUUAGUUGAAACUCCUACUCAUUUAAGUCUUUCGAUUAAUGAUAUUGAUAUAAUGUCUGAAUAAUAAAAAUUCGGGAGAAAUACUAUGUUAACUUCAAAUAUCAGACCUUAUAAUGUCAUUGAAUAAGGAUAAUUAUUAAAGGUAAAAUAGUUAAUGAUUCCAAGUAAUUAAAAGAUUAAUAGUUAUUAAAUAUAUGUUCCAAGUUACUAAAUAUUUAUAAAUUACAUCCACAAUAUACUUAUAUCUGUUAAAAAUCGAUUUAAUGAAAAAUUAGAAAAUUAAAUUAAUUCAUCUUGUUAAGUAAAUGCAGCCAUUUUUUAUGAAAAUAAUCACAGUGUCUCAUAAGAAAAAGUAACCUAUAAUGUAGAAUUAGAUUAAAAUUAGAAAGCUUUCGACUUAAGUUCUCUCUCUUUUCGUUUUGAUCCUUAUAAUUAAGAUUAAUCAUUAUUGUAGAUAGAAUUUAAAUGUCUAUUUGAUUAGAAUAGUGAAUAGCUAGAAUAUCUAAUUUAUGCUAAAGCGCUUAAAUGCUAAUUGGGAGAAUUCUAUGUAGAUAAAGGUUGUUAAAUCUGCUAGUCAAAUUAAGGGUUUUAUUCUGUAACUUAUAAUACAACAAAAUGUUCAAUAUUUGACAAAUAAAAAUUUGAUAAUAUUUCAUCCAAUUAAAUUAAAUUGUAACCGGGAUAUUGGAGACCAAAUUACCUAUCAGAUUAUACCGAAAGCUGUUUUAAAAACCCUAAAUUUUGCAUUGGUGGGUGGGAUGUAGGAAAUGAAUUAUGCAGUUUGGGUCAUAUAGGAGGAUUAUGCGAAGAGUGUGAUAAUUUUGAUUUAAUGGGGAAGGGAUAAUUUUAUAAAAAUUUAUCAGAUUUUUAAUGUUAAGAAUGUAAUGAAAUCUGGAAAAGUAUUGUACCCUUUGUAUUGACUUCAAUUUGGGCUUUUCUCUAAAUUUUGAUUACUUUAAGAAGUAUUGAAAAAUCAAAUAAAUUGUUCUCAUCUCUUAAGGUGGGACAAAAAUAUAGUAAAAUAAUAUUUAAGCUAAAUUAAGAUCAUGAAAGUAUUCUUAUCAAGAUGCUACUGAAUUAUUUAUGGAUAUUUACAGUUGUAUUUAAUAUAAGUGUUUCUUUUUCAUUCAAUUUUAUUGAAUAAACUAGUAAUACAUUAUUUGUUAUGGUUAAUAAUUUGGAUUGUUAUCUCACUGAAAUCUAAAAUAUAGAAUUAAUCUAUUUAAGAUUAAUAUUUAUGUUGAUGUUGAUAAUAAUUCAACUUUUAAUUAUCUGGGCAGGAUUCGCUAUUCAUGCUAAAUGCAAGAAAUAAUUACUGAAUAGAAGUUAUAUUUCAAAUACUUUGCUCUAUUUAUAUGUAUCCAAUUAUGCUGCUUUAAUUAAAUAGUUCUGUUCCAUCAUUUCUACUAGAUAAAUUUCACAAAUUGCAUAUAUUCAAGGAGAUGUAUCCCUAUUGUAUGGUACUUCAAAUCAUAUUUCUUGGAUUAUAUUUUUUGCUAUUCCUGGUCUGGGAAUCUUAGGCCUUUUCAUUCCUUUUUCCCUAUUCUUUAUUAUGUAUAUAAAUAGAGAACAAUUGGAUAACAUAAAAUUGAGAAGACAUAUUUGUUAUCUUUUUAAUGAAUAUAAUAGUGAAAGCUAUUUUUGGGAAUCAAUUAAACUGACAAAAAAAACUAUUAUUAUAAUAAUCUUAACAUAUUUUGAAGGCAAUAUUUUUUUAAAAGCAUCCCUUUUAGGAUUGUGCUUAUUAGUUUAUUAAUUGGCAGCUGUAAAACAAAAACCAUAUAUUAUUUCAAGUUUAAAUUACUUAGAUAUUCAAACAGGGUAAAUUUGCUCUAUCACUUUAUUCCUUGCUGGAGCUAAUUAUGUGUGUGAAUAAGAAAAUUAUACAAGUAUAUUAAUACCUCUAUAAAUUUGUAUUAUACUACUUUGCGUUAAAUUAUGCUACCCAUUCCUUAUAAACAUUUUUAGAGUUUAUUUUAAGAAAUAUAAAGUACCUUUUGUCUAAUUAUUAUACAAAAUUUCGAGAUAUAUAAAUGCAAAUUGUUCACUUACCAACUAUUUGAAUAAUCAACUCAAAAUAAUAAAUUAAAGGGAAUAUCGCCUUAGGAAUAAUUUUAUAAAAAUACGAUGUCAUCUAAUAUCUUUAUCAAAGGCUUAGUUAGGAUAUCAAAAAUAAAUUUUCUCAUUGAUUAAUUCCUAAUCAACAAUCAGAUAUCGAUAGACCUUAGUUGAUAUAGAUGUGAACAAAUUGAUAACUUCAUGA